AUGGUCUUUAGUAAAAAUGUUCAUGAGGAUGUGAAAGUAAACAUUAUGGCAAUGUGGGGUGGGAGUAAUACUCAGCAAUUUGAGAAAUAUUUGGGCUUGCCUCCCAUGGUAGGGAGAUCAAAACAAAGAGUCUUUGCUGAUAUUAAGCAAAAACUGUGGCAGAAAAUUCAGAUGUGGAAAGGAAAUUUGCUAUCUCAAGGGGGUAAAGAGAUCCUAUUAAAAGCAGUAGCUAUGUCCAUCCCGACAUAUGCUAUGAGUUACUUUUUACUCCCUAAAACCUUAUGUCAUGAGAUGGAAAUGAUGAUGGCCAGAUUUUGGUGGGGUAAUCAAGCUCAAGAGAGGAAAAUUCAUUGGGUAGGGUGGCAGAAAUUGAGUGUAUACAAAUUUAGAGGAGGUCUGGGUUUCAAAAACUUAUAUGACUUCAAUAUAUCCCUCUUAGCUAAACAGGUGUGGAGGCUUCUUACUAACUGUGAUUCACUUCUCUACAAGAUCUUCAAAGCAAGGUAUUUUCCAAAGAGCUCUUUGUUUGAAGCUAAGAUUGGUUUUAACUCAUCAUACUUGUGGAAAGGCAUUCAUAGUGCCUUGCCUCUUUUGAAAGCUGGAUGUGUAAGGAGAGUGGGGAAUGGGGUGGAAACAAAUUUAUUUAAAGACCAUUGGAUUCCUGGUAUUCAACCAUCAGUCUUGCUAGGUGAAAUGGUAGGUCAUCCACAGGAGAAUCUACAAGUGUAG